AAGGGAGGAAGUCUUUUUCAUCUCCAAAACAAACGCCCCCCAACUUCAAAAAUCAAAACCCAGCCGGCAACCGGCAAAGCAGAGCAGUGAGAAACUAUACAAACAAAUGCUUUUCUAACAUACAAUUAAUUUCAUCGAAUCAAAUCCUCACUCUUCCUCAUUUCUUAUACAAUUAAUUUCUCCAAAAUUCCUCAAGAUUCUAGAAGCUUCCAAUUGUUAUGGCGGAAUCAAUUUGUAGAUCUUUAAGAGACGGCGCGUUAGAAGGAGAACUUGCACCUACUCUCACUAUCAAAGAUUCUCUCGCUUCACCUUUUUCCUUUAACGUUUUCUCUCACAUUCUUCUUCAACUCUCUUCGCAAAAAUCGCAAUCACAUGGUAUUGUAAUUGUUGCGCUUUCUCGGAGUCCAUCGUUUUAUGCUGAUUUGUUAAAGAAUAAAGGAGUGGAACUUUCUUCUUCCAACAAAUGGAUUCAUAUUUUGGAUUGUUAUACAGAUCCUCUUGGUUGGAAGGAUAAGGCAAGAAAGUCUGGAAAUGUUAAUGUUGUUUCUGACCAAAUUUCACUUGCCACUAGUUCUUAUAAAUCAGUCAAAGAUAUGGAUAAGUUGUUUUUGGCGAUUACUGAUCUGGGAAGAGGUCUAGUUGGAGAAAAUAAAGUCCGGUUCUGUGUUGCCAUAGACUCGCUGAGUAAGCUGUUGAGACAUGCAUCGUUGCAGUCAGUUGCAGGCCUUUUAAGCAAUCUGCGUAGCCAUGAUCAAAUUUCAAGUAUAUUUGGAUUAUUGCAUUCUGAUCUUCAUGAGGAGAGGGCUACAGCUGCUCUUGAGUACAUGUCCUCCAUGGUGGCCAGUGUAGAACCAGAUCAUCAUUCUUCAGAGAACUGCUUAUCAGAGAAAAACUUCACCCAAGGAAAAUUUAGUGUCAGGUCCAAACGCAGAAAUGGACGAGUUAGAGAGACGAGUGAAAAGUUUAAAGUUGAAGCUGAAGGAAUCAGCUUUGCUUCUAUUUCAGCAGAAGAUGGAACAACUGUUGCAGGCUUACUGCCAAAGGUACAAUUCAAUCUCCAGCUGUCAGAGAAGGAGCAAAUUGAUAGGGCAAAGGUUGUGCUUCCUUUUGAACACCAAGGAAAUGGUAAACCGAUCCAAAUUUAUGAUGGUAGAAGAUCCCUUGAAGAGAGCAGUGGUGAGGGGGCACCUAUAUCAAGAUGUAAAAACGAGGAUUCAGCCCUAGGUGAGAUUAUAUAUUUUCGCGAUUCAGAUGAUGAGAUGCCAGAUUCUGAUGAAGACCCAGAUGAUGAUUUAGAUAUAUGAAAGUGCACUAGUUAGUGUCUUCUGCAUCUCUAGGUUACUUAGAUUAGGUUUGUGAUCACACAAAAUAUUAUAUUAAAAAAAGCAGCCCGAUAUUGUUUAAUUGAUGAUAAGCGAAUAUUGUAUCACAUUCCAUCAUAUUGUAUUGUGCAGCUUAAAUAGAAAUCAGAAUUGGUUUCUCCAA